UCGCAACCGAGUCCACCAUUAUCAGAAUUAUUCUUGCAGAGAUACAGAAAUGAAACUGAUUUUUUAUAUAGAGAACUGAAUGAAGAAAAUUUAAUCACAGACAUUCAACAUGGAUUCCGUUAACAGUGCGCAAGAUGCCCGAUGUGAUAUUUGCAAGGACGCUAUGGUACAAAUGCACUGCGACUUCUGUCAUGUUAAUUUGUGCAUUACUUGUAUAGGAAAACACGUUUCAGAUGACUAUGAUAAACAUAGAGUCGUUGCAUAUGAACAGAGAAACACGAUGUCGAUUUAUCCUACAUGUACAACACAUGAAACAAAAUGCUGUGAAUUUCAUUGCAAAAAAUGUAACAUAUCUCUUUGCUCUUUUUGUACAACAAUGACUGCUGAACACAAGGAGCAUCCAAUUUCAACUCUUUCUGAUAUUUAUAACUUAAAAAGAGAAGUUAUUGAAAAAGAUAUUGAAGAACUAAAAAACAUAAUCUCGCCAACUUAUGAAGAGAUAUCAACUGCCUUAGAAUCCGAAAUAGAUAAUCUGGAUGGAAAAUAUCAACAACUUUCAGCGGUUUUGUCUAAACAUGGAGAGGAAUGGCACAGAGAAAUUAAUAACCUUGUAGAUAAAAUGAAAGCGAAAAUUGAAGAAAAUAAAGUAAAACACACAAAUAUUUUAAAAACACACUUGGAUGAAAUCAAACAGAAGCAAAGUCUUAUUCGAGAAUCUUUGCUAAACCUAAAUAGAAUCGAAGAAUCAAAUUAUGUGUCCAUGUUCAUCGAAUACAGCUCUGAAAAUAAAGAAUUAAGUAAAUUCCCUCCGAAAGUUCGAGUGACACUGCCAACAUUCAGUCCUCAAACAAUUAAUGCAAAACAACUGAAUGAGUUGUUUGGAUCUCUGACGCCAUUAUCGACAACAAAGGUAGAAAAUGGCUACACACUCAAGGAAUUAAGUUCAAAAGAACUGCUGAAGGAGCCAAAAUUCAUUACUUCUAUAGAUACUGGAUUUGAAAAUCUCCAAAGCGUUACCUGUCAUAAUGAAGGAGAAAUCUGGACAAAUGCACGCAACAACAGUGAUAUGAAAUGCUUUAACUCUGAAGGCUCACUUAUGAAAACUGUGAAAACGAAGUCAGGUGCCUCACCAAAUGAUAUAGCCUUAACAAGAGAUGGUGACCUGUUGUACUCCGAUGGGGAAGCUAGGACAUUGAAUAAAACGAGAAAUGAACAAAUUGAAGAAGUGAUAAAGCUACAAGGUUGGGUCCCCAAUCAACUCGAAGUCACUUCCUCUGGUGAUCUCCUGGUUGUCAUGUACAGUGAUGACUUCACACAGUCAAAAGUUGUCCGUUUUUCAGGAUGCACAAUGAAACAAACAAUCCAGUUUGAUAACGAAGGUAAACCUUUAUAUUCAGGAAAUAACAAAAUGAAGUACAUUACUGAGAACAGAAACCUAAAUAUCUGUUUGGCUGACUGUGGUGCUAGUGCUGUUGUAGUGGUUAACAAAGCUGGAAAACUCCGAUUUCGAUAUACUGGACAUCCAUGUACCAACAAAAAUAAACCAUUUCAACCCAUUGGGAUAACAACAGACAGUCAAGGUCAGAUCCUAACAGCAGAUGGUGAGAACAACUGUAUUCACAUCAUAGACAAAGAUGGACAAUUCCUCGGUUUUAUAGACAAUGGUAACCUGAAGAACCCCUAUGGAAUAUGUGUGAACAAAAAUGAUGACCUAUAUAUUGCUGAGCAUACUAACGGAAAUAGCACUACUAAGUACAUUACUGAGAACAAAACCCUGGAUAUCUGUGUAGCUGACUAUAAGGCUGGUGCUGUAGUAGUGGUCAACCAAUCUGGAAAGCUCCGAUUUAGAUACACUGGGCGUUCUUCUGUUACCAAGAAAAAGUCAUAUAUACCUACCGCUACAACCAAGGACGCGUCAUUUAAACCUUAUGGGAUAACAACAGACAGUGAAAGUCGAAUCCUAAUAGCAGACUGUAACAACCACUGUAUUCACAUCCUAGAUCAGGACGGACAAUUCCUCAGUUUUAUCGACAACUGUGAUCUGGAAAAUCCCUUUGGAAUAUGCGUGGACAAAAAUGAUGACUUAUUUAUCGCUGAGUAUUAUACUGGGAUUGUAAAGUGCAUUAAGUAUAUAAAAUAA